GGGAGGCGCUUAUGCACAGCCAUCUGUCUAGUGGGCCGACACCGCAGCGCCAGAACGCAGAGCGGAGCGCACCGAAACUUGAGCCGGCCGCACCUCUGGAACGCUCUCCCCGCGCCUCGGCUCUCUGGCGGGGCGUUCCGGCCUCUUGGACCACGCCCUCAAGUUACCCGGCCGCGCCCCCGGAACUCCAGGCCCCGCCCACCCGGCUGGUCCCGCAGCAGCCAUGGGGACCCGGAGUAGCCCAGACAAGGGGACCCCGCCGCCUGCUGUCCCGGAGUGCAACGUGGAGGUCCAGUCACAAGUAGCCGCCCAGCUCCGGGAGCACCCCAAGGACUCCGGGGAUCAGGAGGGGCCCGAGGCCACAGCAGAGCUUCCGAGCGGCCAAGGAGCUGAGCAGCAGACGGAGGAAGAGGAAGAAGUGGGAGAAGGCAGCAGCACGGAGAGCAGUCGCGAUGCGGCGGAGGCUCCGCCUCCCGUUCAGACCCCGGGCACGCCCCCCGCACCCACUCCGUCUGGAGAAGGGGUGCGAGGGGUGGCGCGGCGGCUUCGAGCGCAGCAGCUGGAGGCAUUGACUCGCGUGGCCUUGAUGGAGCAGCGAGUGAAGGAGUUACAGCGUCAGAGGAAGGAGCUGAGGAUCGAGAUGGAGGUGGAGGUGGCCCUGCUGCGGGGUGAGCUGGCUGGGGAACGAGUGGCCGCUCGGCGGGAGGAGGAGCAGCUCCGGGAGCUGCUGGGACAGCAAGUGGACGCAGAGCAGGGCGGCCAGGAGCAGCGGGAACAGGAACAGAGGCAGCUGAGCAAGGAGCGGGAUCACGUGGAAGAGCUUCGCCAGAGACUCCGGGAGGCCCAGGGACAACUCGACUCGCAGCCAGAAGACCAGCGUGAGCGGCUUCUGCAGGGGGUGCAGGAGGGGUCCAGGCCUCCAGCCCUUUGGCAUCCACCCCACCCCCCAUACACACAGAUGAAGGAACAGCUGGACGUGGCCCAGCGCGCCUAUGAGGACCUGGAGUUCCAGCAACUGGAGCGGGAGAGCCGGCGGGAGGAGGAGGACAGGGAUAGCCCAGGCGCGCGGGCUCUGGACCCCAAGGUCCAGGAACUCCAGGGCAGCGUGGCACAGCACAAGCGCCGGAUCCAGGUCUUGGAGGAGCAGCUCAAGUCGUUGGGGGAGCAGAUGACAGCUGAGAGCCGGGGGCUGAGCCAGAAGAAGGAGGAGGCCCUUCAGGCCUUGACCCAGGAGCGGAGCCGACUGCUUGAGCUCAGCUGCCCUCAGGGAAGUCCUGGCAGGGAGUUUCCUGAGCCCAGCCAGGCCCUCACCAAGCUCCUGUUCACCCAGAAGACAGACCGCCAGUUGCUGGUUCUCCAGGACCCCACUGCCCACACUGCCACCGCCUCUUCCUGCCUGUUCUCUGUUCACAGCUCCCUCCAGGGCUCCAUCGGCCUCCAGAGGACUGGAAGCCUGUCCCGGAAGAGGGGGGAGAGAGGGAGCCAGAGGGGAUCCCCCCGGCCUCUGUCCCUCCACUGUACUGGAGCCCUGGAGGCCUCAGCUCUCCCACCAGUCGCCAGAGACUCCGGGAGACACCCCCUCUAUCAGCUGCUGAACUGUGGCCCCAGGAAUGGCUGUGCGGCCCUCCACCCGGACAUCGCCCGCAUGGAGCGCCUGCUGAAACAGGCCGUGGCAGAGAGGGAGAGGCUGCUCCAGGCCAGGGAAGGGACGAGAAGGAGCACAGAAGCUUCCUCCGGCCCUGAUGUACCUGCCAUCAAGGCCCCGCCCACGCCCCCCUCCGGCCCUUCUGGCCCUCGGGUCUUGGAUCUCCGGCAGCACCUGGAACGCUGGGGCCACAACCCGGAGAACUGCCCGCAUGUACGGGUGUCCGGGGGCUGCUGCCGCGGACCCCUGGUGAAGAUGGGCGGCCGCAUCAAGACUUGGAGGAAGCGAUGGUUCUGUUUUGACCGCCAAGCACGCCGCCUGGCCUACUACGCGGACAAGGAAGAGACCAAGCUCAAAGGCGUCAUCUACUUCCAGGCCAUCGAGGAAGUCUACUAUGACCACUUACGCUGCGCCUUCAAGAGCCCCAACCCUCGCCUAACGUUCUGUGUCAAAACGUACGAACGCCUUUUCUACAUGGUGGCGCCCAGCCCAGAGGCCAUGCGUAUUUGGAUGGACGUCAUCGUGACAGCAGCAGAUGAGAAUCACGCCCCCUGAGUGGCCACACCCUCUCCGGGAGUGGUCCCAGCGAGGCCCCACCCCACAGCCGGAAAGCCCAGGCCUGCCCCUUUGGAACUCUCCGAGGAAUUUUACAAUCGCUGUGUUUCUGCUGGUCAGAGCCACGACGUUCUGGGCUGCAGGUGCCUUCCCCCAUCGGGAAGCCAGCCCCUGGGUCCUGCCCUGGGCAGGAGGAUGAUUGCGGGGGCGAGAAGGAACUAUUUAUUGGUGCUCCUGUGAUACCGAAUUAAACAUGGAGGAAAAACA